UAUAUUGAUUAAAAUCAAAGAAGAAAAAAAUAUUCUUUUGUUUGGUUAUUUGUUAAAAAUUAAACUAGUUUGAACUGAAGUUAUAUCAAUGUCAGAAGAUUUGAAUGAAAGCAACAAAUUAUGUAGUUCAUUGCAAGAUAAUGUAAUGACUACAUUACAAGAAGAUAUGUUACCAUGUGUUUCACAAGAAAUUGAGGUUGGAACAUCUAAAGAUAUCAAAAAUAAAGUACAAAAUGAAAAUAAUAGUAUAAGACCAUUACAACCAUCGGACAGUUAUAAUGGAGCAAUAAGGGACAAUUAUAUUUGGUCUCAGACAAUCACUGAUUUAGAUGUACUUAUAAAACUUCCAAAGUUGACCUUGAAACCUAAAGAUCUUCGAGUUACUAUAGAAACUCAAAGAAUAAAAAUUGAAGCACGACAGGAACAUGAAGAAACAUGCAACGAAGUUAUCAAGAAUCUUGAUUGGACUACCAUCUUUGAGGGUGAACUAAUAUUUAAAACAAAGAAAGAUGAAUCCGUAUGGAGUUUAGUAUCUGGAUAUAUUAGUAUACAUCUUGAGAAAGUAUCCGAACGAUGGUGGGAUGCCCUUAUUACUGAAGAACCUAAGAUAGAGCUGAAUAAAAUAGAUUGUUCAAGAAAUUUAGAUGAAAUGGGUUUGACCGAACAGAUGAAAGUAGAAGAAUUAAUGUGGAAUCAUCAACAAAAACUUCUUGGCAAACCUACGUCGGAUCAAUUGAAAAUGGAGGAAAUUAUGAAGAAAGCAUGGAACGCAGAAGGAUCACCUUUUCAGGGUACACCGUAUGAUCCAUCCAUAAUAAAGUAUAAUUGAAAUAUUUUUAAUACUAAUUUAAGCAGAAUUUAAUUAAAUUUACAUCAUCAG